UUCCUCCGAGGGUCACGUUGCUCUUUCUCCCAACUCCCUGUCUCCUUCUCAACGGACCAGACUUGAUUCCUCUCCCCUUCCCUCCCAAAAAACCCCUCUUUCAACUCCUGGGACAAGCAGCUUCUCUUCCCUCUUCAGAGGGCCAAACUGAAACUCUUUAAGCCCUCAACCCUUUUCUCCACCACUUCAGCUCCCCACACACCAGCCGUCUUCCUUCACUUCAGACCCAGAAACACUCUGUCCUCCCCAGCCUUCCUCCACUGUGGGAUCAGACACCCAGCUCAUUCACUCAGCGAGGACAGUGGAACAAACUAUGCCCUCCGACUUUCUAACGCCUUUCCUGGAACUGGAUGAGGAGUUCUUCAAGAAUUUCCAAGGCCUGGAGGUGACAGGUGGCUCGGCUACUGGUUCACUGCCGCAACAGCAGCAGCACAGUCAAAGAGUCCUGGGCUUCCAGCGUCGCCAUUCUCUCUGCCCUGUGACCCUCCCCAACUCCAAGUUCAACAGCAGCAGCUCUGAGGUGACUGACCCAGUAGGCUGGGGGCUCAACAACCAGCAGUGGAGUAGGGAAAGUCAGCUUCCCCGCUCCUCGCUCAGCCACAUCCCCUUCAGAGUUGAUCGGUCAGUCAGCAUGAUCGAGGGCAACGUCAGCAGCCUGGGAGGCAGAGAGGAUAAAAUGGCUAACAUGUCCCCAAAAGUGCUGCUCCCUCCACCAGGCUUCUGCAUUAACACCUCUCUCUCCUCCAUUGCUUCCCCGUCUGCCUCCAGACCCCCUGCUCCCUCACCUCACAUCUCUACUCGGUACAAGACCGAACUCUGCCGCACCUUUGAAGAAAGCGGGACCUGCAAGUACGGUGCCAAGUGCCAGUUCGCCCACGGAAUUGAAGAGCUGAGAGGCCUCAGCAGGCACCCCAAGUACAAGACGGAGCCAUGCCGCACUUUCCACACGAUAGGCUUCUGUCCGUACGGUGCCCGCUGCCACUUCAUCCACAACGCUGAUGAGCUCCUUGCUGGCAAUGCCAGCGUACCUCCACAGAAACAGAAGAUGAGGCCUCCUCUGCUGCGUCACAGCCUCAGCUUUGCAGGCUUCUCCUCCACUCCACAAACUUUCCAACCAGUUGAGGAGUCGCAGCCUUCCUCCCUCCUCUUCACCCGGGCUUCCUCUGUAUCCCCUCCUCCAUCCUCCACAGAGAGCCCUGAGCUCCUCUCCCCUCUCUUCCCUGAGCCAGGGACCCUGAAGCAUUGUCCCUACCCCUUCUCUGGCAUCAGUGACCUACCAGGAGACAGCAGUGAUUCAGCUCUGCGAUUCUAUGCUGUGACCGACUCUGUCAGCGCCAGGUGUCCACCCUCCACUUUCCCCUCCAAAAAUCCAAACCUCCCUUACCACCUCCCCCAGCAGCUGCCAACCUCCCUGAGCAGCCUCCCUGGCCUUCAGCGCUGCUCUUCAGCUGACUCCCUCUCUGAGGAAGGCUACACCUCUUCCUGCUCCCUCAGCUCUUCCUCCAGCGGCACAGAGUCACCGAGCUUUGAGGGCAGACGCCUUCCCAUCUUCAGCCGGCUCUCUGUUACAGACGAGUAGGGAAGGGUUUUACUAUAGGGCUGAAUUUAAUCGGGGAUAGAUGCACUAACUGUUAAACUCAAUGUGACGAGGAUUUGAUGUUUGAUUUUGUGUCCCAAUUCCAAAAACAAAACUGCAGCACGAUAUAGGAUGUGAAUAAAGCAGAAACUUGAUUAUCACAAUUAUGGUUAAAAUCUAAGUCACAAAGGAAGAAAACAUUAGGGCUUCAGUGCCUCCCUAAAUCCAGCCAGGUAAACGUACCUAACUUUGUGCAUAUUGCAUUUCUCAUCCAAGCAGUUGUAGCGCUGCUCAGUGUUUGUCCAGUUUUAGCUGACUUCUUUUUUUGUUUUAUUGUUAUUUUUGUAAGGUUGUUCUUCUAUGUCAUUGUUACUGAUGUAUACUGUUGUAUACCCAUUUUUAGAGAAUACUUUGAGGGUACUUCAUGUAGCAUUUGCCAAUAUGCUAUUCCUACUCAGUGGAAGUUCUGUGUGAGAAUUUCCUGUACCCUGAUUUAAGGAUUUUAAGAUGAAUGCUGUUUGUCCUAUGUAUGACUGGUGUGCUAUCCACUUUGCUAAUAUAGCAAUGUUGCUUUUUUCACAGAUCUUAAUUUCCUCCUUACAAACUGUUAAUAGUGAUGCCAGCCUGCAGCACUUCUCCAGUCAUAUUAGGGCUCUCCCACUGUAUGAAACCUCUUGUCCACAAGGUGAAAUAACUAUAUGCUGUCACUGAUUGAUUCAUGGCUUGGUUGUAUGGCUGUAGCCAUUUGAUUGUAUUUGUCAGCCAUUUUAACUGCCUGGCAUAGAUUUGGCUAAACUGCCAUAGCAACAAAAAUAGCACAAGUGUAGGCAACCCACUGACUCUCUCUAGUUACCAAAGUUGAUGUUAGCGUUCCCCUAACCUGCUAGUACUGUUAACACCUAGCCUAGCCUUUAACCAUGACAGGUAAAUACAGUGUUAUGAUUAUUGUUAUUAUAGCUUAACACUUUUGUAGACUUAUUUAUUGCUUUUUGUAUAAGUUGUUGAGUUUGUGAUUUAUGCUUUUUUUUUUUUAUAAAACCAGAGAAAUUAUGCUUUACUUAUGCAUCCAUGAUGUCCAUCUGCUUGGUUUACGCUAUCCAGUAGCUUUAAGGAGGCUCGUGGAGAGGAGAGGAAAGGAGGAAGAAAAAUAUUUUGGCAUUCUAUAUGUAUGUUGCCUUAUUGGCUAAAGGCCUGGCAGAAAUCAAGACUCACUGAGCUUUUUCAUCAAAAGCACCUUGAUGUGUUAGUGGUUUCUUUCUUUAACUAGAGAUGCCUACUGACUAUGCUCUGCCUCCUCAAUCAGAGCAUGAGAAAUGCUUAGUGCUGUUGGUGUGAGCAUACAGUGAGUCUGCUCUCCUCUCCACUAAGCCUCACAACUCUGACUGUAAUAACAUUUUUUUAUUUGUGCUGUUGUCGAAACACAAAACAAGGCGGUGGUGAAAGAGGGGUUCACCACACAUUCACAGCCUCAGUGUGAGUCAGCAGUGGUAAAUCAAAGUGUGGGCUUACUUUGACCAUUAGUUUGGCAGCUACACAGCUAUCAAAAGACAGAUAAAUGUGCAUGUGUUAUUUCUAUGAGUGUCUCUCAGGCCUGCUGUAUUACUGCAUUGUGGUCAUAGUGUGUGGAAAUUCCUGCCUUUUUAAAAUCCUGUGUGUUAUCUUCUCUUGUGGUGUAAACAAACAGGUGAAAAGGUGACCUUCGUUUAUAGUUGAUGUUUAUCUAUCAGAGUUGCCUUGAUGACAAUGUGUUUGUAGGUCGACCUCUGUUGCACGCUAGCUAGCUAGCUAACGCUCUGAGGGGCAGGUAAAAUCAAGUGAGUUCAACUAAAAUCAGGCAAGAUUUUUUUGUUUGCUUUUGUCAUGAAAUCGACUCUACCUGCCCAGAGAGAGUCCAGAGACGUUUCUUGUUGCUGUUGCUUACCAUGAGCUUGACCUGGCAGCAAGCCGUUUUUGAAACUUUUGUUAACUUAAAGUCUUAUUUAUUUUGUUUUUCAAAGCGAAACAUAUAUUGUGUUGUUUGAUGUUGUGUUCUACAUAAUUUAAGUACAUUUAUUGUUUACAUUCCAUGGGUUAUGUUGAUAUCCUAGCUCUUUAUCUUAAUAUAUUUGUCCCAUUUUAUUUCAAAAUAAAAG